AUGCCGGCGAGAUUUGUAAUUUUGACGGAGCAUCAGCCCAUACUCUCUGAGAAGCUGCGGUCUUAUGACACGGCAGAUGCCAAGGGACGCAAGACUCUGGUUCAGAGCUUGCGCCAGAAGCUGAAGACACAGUUUGUCGACACGUCAAAUUAUGAUGACAUCAUUGUGGAAACUAAAAUCCGAGAGUGGCUCAAUAACCACGCCCACCAUGCGCAGGAGAAAGCGACGAAAAAGCGUAUGCAUGUUUCUGGCAAGCCCAAUGCCUUCAAGGUGUGGGAUGUGCUGGAGAGGGACAAGGUGUGGAGAGUCGCACGGAGUGCCGAAUGGGCAAAACUGUCCGAGGAGGAGCAGAAGGUGUAUGAGGAAAAGGUGGAAAGUUGGCGCAAUGGCACUCUGGAUGAUAAGACGAAAAUGAAGCUGAGGGAGCAGCGAAUGAUGCAAUAUCUGAAGAAGUUUGCCAAGACUAUGUGGGACACCAUGGGCAUUCGCAUGGCAUUCAUGCUAGCAUAUCCGAAGGAAGCGGGGAGUCUGAAGGUAGAGAUGGUGGAGGUCAACCACGCCAUCACCAAUGGAACUCCAUUCGUGGCCUAUCCUGGGUGGCUGCAUGCUUACCAGCCUCUAGCAAAGGUGUUCUCUGAGUGGGCCAAAGGCGAAUACGGUGUGACUGAGACUACGGUGACAGUGAAGAAGACACCUGCCGAUUGCAUGCAGGCCAUGGACAAGAUUCGGUUGACGGCCAACGGUUUUCCUCUGCUCUCGUCAGUGCCCGAAGGUAUGGCGGAAGCGCCUCUCAAGGUGAUGAAGGUACAAGUUCGAGACUUCAUGAAUCAUCACUACGCAUUGGCGAAGGGUGUUCGGAACUGCAAGUCGCCAUGGACGAAGCUGAACAGCAUAGACGACAUCAAUGAGGUUAUUCCAGCGGAGAUGCUACCUGAGAACUUCCAGUGGAUCGAUCCCUCAAAGAUGACAAGUGUUCCCGUUCGUGCCCUCCUCGACCACUGGCAGGCACGCCAAGAGGAACAUGGACCUGAGCAGACCAUGCGAUUCACCCAGUACUUCGACAAGGAUGGCGAAGCUGCUCCCGCCAAGUAUGAUCCUCUUCCACCACUUGACGGAUCAGCACAGGCAUUAGAAGAAGGAUCUGAACAUGAGGUCCAAGAAGCACUCACACCGAAGAAGGCGAGGAAGGCGAAGAAGAAGGGUAAACCUGUGCGCAAGGUCACAGGAAAGGCGGCAUCGAAGGCGACAAAGGGCAAAGCGGCCCCUGGCGGAGCCAAAGGCGGUGGGCGUAAACGCAAGAUGAAAGAUGCAUACGACUCGGAAGAUGAUGCCAGAAGCAGCCAAGACUCUGAUCGGAGUUCACCAGAUAUACCCAGCAUGGCUUCCGAAGAAGAUACGGCCAGCGAUGAAGAUUCAGGGGAUGGCGAGAGCGUGAUUGCGAAUAAAGCGAAGGGCAAGGCAGUCGCCACCACCAAUGGACGUAAGGCUAACAAUGGCGGUGCACCUCAAGCGAGUGGUAGCGGCGGUGCCAAGAUGAAGGCAAAGCGAGGUCUCCAAGACCUUCCUCUGGGCGAACUGCACAGAUUUGACACAGAGGAGACCGAUGAAGCAUCGAGUGAACUGGAGCCCAGUACAAAGGAGCUCAGGCUUGAGCUUCAAGGCCGAGCCCCACGUCUCACUGGCAGGAGUACUGUGGGGAGUACUGUGCCCCACCUCGUCAAAAGGAGAGAUGUGUUUCUCGCCACCCUUUCCGUCGAACCGCGAUACCAGGAUAUGCUGAAGGAAGUCAAGAUUGCGACUGUGCCCCAGGUGUAUCGUUUCACCAGGUAUGAUCCGAUUCCCUGGAGCGAAUGGUCGUAUGGCCAGCACUACCUCCCGCCGUCAUUUCAUGCGGUGGACAACUUUGACAUCGUCGAGAACUGGUUGGGCGACAAACCAUGGCUGACAAAAUAUCGGUUCUUACAUCCACAGGGCGUACAACAAUCUGCACUCGUGAUUGGUAUGGUGCUGAGGGACCUCACACAAUCUCAGUUCAUUGAGGAGGGCGAACCGACCAACCUUCCCGACUAUGUGGUGAACUCGGCGAUCUCAUUUGACGCAGUAGAGCAGCUGCUUCGCUGUUGUGAGAUCAUUACCUUGGACAUGGUGGAAGGGAACGUCACCCAUGCCAUGGUGAAGCCAGUGAGCAAGCCUGCCAUACGCGGUGCCCCACAAGGUGGCGAUGGCCUUGGGGGCCAGGAGGAGCAGGAAGGUGAUGCCUCUGCAAGAACUCACGAUGGCGCUGCUACUGCUGCCAAAGUUCACAAGGCUCACCAGCCUGCCCCCAUGGCUGACAAACCAAUCAUUCCAAGUGGGAGAUGA